UGCCCCAUUACCAAACUACCAUGUGUGAUAAGUAUCCUUACCCAGGAGGUGCCAAGGCUGAACAAAGCCCUGUCCAAGCAAUAUCAAGUCAAUCCGUUUCCAGCAACUGUGACCCACACCUUGCCCAAGAAGUACAAAGAAGUAUAAGCAGUUGCACUACCCUGAAUCUUCCCUUAUGUUCCUUAGCUGGGGGUCCUCAGACUGGAAAAUCAAGGAGGGAGUGGUUUUUAAAGUAAGGUGACCUGGAGCUGCUCCAGUGUAAAUGAGCUGUGUUUUUGUUUACAUACAAGUUGUCCUGGAGCUUCACAAGUCAUAGCAGACAAUAAGUCAGCUGUUCAGUCAAUAUCAGCUUCCCUCUUGCACCCUCCAAUAAGUCAUGUGGGCAUUAACAUCUGAAGAUCCCAUUGGCAGGGAUGAGCAGCAUAUAAGGAUAUUGACAUCUCCUCUCCCUUGAGUGGGGGUAAAACAGGGAGCUGAGGGUCCCUUAUGGAAAGAUCUGUCUCACUGCUUCCAGGCACAGAAGUGACCUCCCCACCCUUACAAUGGAUGUAACAGUAAGAGAAGUCCUGGGGGGACAAAACUAAAGAAUCCAGGAGGAUCUACAUGUACCCCAGAUAAGAGACACAAUUGGCUCAUCCCCUCCUUGCCUGGUUCUACUGGACAACAUUCAGGAUUGUCAUGGCUUUUACAUUUGCUGCCUUCUGCUACAUGCUGUCGCUUGUGCUUUGUGCAGCUCUCAUCUUCUUCGCAAUAUGGCAUAUAAUUGCUUUUGAUGAGUUAAGAACAGACUUCAAGAACCCAAUAGAUCAGUGUAAUCCGGCACAUGCGCGGGAACGCCUUAGGAACAUUGAACGGAUUUGCUUUCUCCUCAGAAAGCUGGUGCUGCCGGAAUAUUCAAUCCACAGCCUGUUCUGCAUAAUGUUCUUAUGUGCGGAAGAAUGGUUAACACUGGGGCUCAAUGCUCCAUUGCUUUUUUAUCAUAUAUGGAGGUAUUUCCACAGCCCGGCAGACAGCUCAGAAUUAGCCUACGACCCACUGGUAGUAAUGAGUGCAAGUACAUUGAGUUACUGCCAGAAGGAGGCCUGGUGUAAGCUGGCAUUUUAUCUGCUCUCGUUUUUCUAUUAUCUGUACUGCAUGAUAUACACCUUAAUGAGUUCCUAAGGACCCAGGGAAGAAACAUUACCCUGACAGUAACUGGAACGUGUGGCUGAAGAGGAGAGACACUUUUGAAUUGUUCAGACAUUGCUGUUAAGGUUGAGAUACACAAACUCCAGCCCACAGUUGAAAGAAGACUCAGAUAUGGCAAAAGAAUGACAAGAAAAUGUGCCAUUGAGCAGUGCCACAUGCAAAGUAAUGAGAGCUGGGCAGGGAAUACUAGUGCAAUGACACGUGGCAAUUGUUUUCUGCACUCGAUUACUUAGGAUGGGUCAUUAUUGAAGAGUGGAUCAGAGAAUGCAAAAUAUGGGUAAUUGGUUAAUAUUACAAGUCAUCAGUUCUGCAUGAUGUUUCUAGCUGAUGGACUGUGCCAAAUGCAUUGCAGAGGACUCCAAAUGGAAUAGACAAAUUACCUUGGCUGGUGACACAACUACAAUGUUUUGGUACCUCCGAGAAAUAUGGCUUUGCUGGAAAGAACCUGAACAAUGUAGCUCAUGGACAAUGUAGGUAUUAAACAAUGUAGGUAUUGAACAAUGUAGCUCUUUAACAAUGUAGCUCAUGGACAAUGUAGCUCAUGGGCAAUGUAGCUCAUGAACAAUGCAGCUAUUUAACAAUGUAGCUAUUUAACAAUGUAGCUCUUUAACAAUGUAGCUCUUUAACAAUGUAGCUCAUGGACAAUGUAGCUGGUUCUAAGAUCUGCUGUUUUCAGUCUGCUUUUUUAAUGAAAAAUGGCCAUAUGCUUACAUUUUAUAAAACUUGCUUUGU